AAUCGAAGGCCGACAAUUUUGUAAACAUCAGCAGGUCGGUUGUUGCCAUUUCGUUCGGACCUCAGUGACAAGAAGUGAAGCCGUGAUUCAGAAGAAAUUAGCGACCAAUCUUGCCUGUUUCUAGUAUUUUUUACUUCAAUUUAUCAUGUACAACAUUACUCAACUUCUGCAGGCAGCUGAGUUCAUCGAACGGCGUGAAAGAGAAGCUGAACAUGGUUAUGCAUCAACGUUGCCUAUGCCAGAAGAAUACAGUUACAAUCCAUCGAAAAGAAGAUCAAAAUCGAAAAAGGGUCAAGGCAACAGAUCUACUCACAAUGAGCUGGAGAAAAACAGGAGAGCUCAUUUGAGACGUUGUCUGGAGAGAUUGAAAGACCUUGUUCCCCUUGGUGUUGAUUCCUCUCGUCACACUACUUUAGGACUUUUAACGAAAGCUAGAGCAUUUAUUAAGAAUUUAGAAGAAAAGGAACGCAAAGCGUUGAUCAUGCGAGACCAGCUCGAGCGUGAGAACAACCAGUUGCAGUGCAGACUGGAGCAGAUGAGUAGGUUUAGCAGCCACAGCCUUUAUCGUGUUCGCCAGGAGCGUAGCAUCAGCGAAUGCAGCACCUCAACCAAUUCAUCUUAUUCUUCAAUAUCAUCUACCUCAUCUGUGAAAUCAGAGGAAUCUGAUGAGAUUGACAUCAUCGGAGGCUUCCAGAGUGACGGAGAAGAUCGUUGCAGUGAUGAAAGUGUGGCCAGCGACGGCAAUUUGGAUUAUAGUCCCAACUUUUCCAGUGACUCGGGAGUAUCUUGCCUUUGAUCCGAGGCCCUUGGUUGUGUGGUCUGGCUCAACUUCGCAGGGUUGCUGUAGCCAGCCACACCUUGUGCGGUGUUUGGUGUUUAUAUAAAAAAAAGUCUUCUUCUUCUUUGUAACUGUUAUUAGUACUACUGUAUACCUAUUAUGGAUGUAUAAUUUCACUUCAUACAUUCUUUUUCUUUCUGAUCGCUACUGUCUUGUUCUUACCCACUCAUCUUCAGCCAUCACCCAUUAUCCAUUCUAUUAGGCUUUUUGUUUUUUCCUUACGUGUUGAACAGGUGUACAAAAGCAUGGAGCAUGCUCUCCCUUCAGUCUGCCCAGCUCUCACAGGGGCAUUGACGAUGCUGCACUGUUACUGUCCAUAAUUGUUGAUUAUCAGUUUAAUUCAAUUCACUAGUGAUAUUUUUAUCUUGAUUUUUAAUGUUAAUGUGCGGUGUAUAUACAUAUUACCAAUGAUAUUUACAAAUUUUGAUAAUUUGUGAAGGAUAGCAUACCCUAAGAAUUGUGGUGUUCGAGAAGUGUUGAUGUAUGUUUGCGUAUGUGUGUAUGUUUGUGUGUUUUUGUAUUUCUGUCUGAUGUUGGCUGAAUUGUGCAGAAGGUCACCUGCAGUCUCCAUGUCAUGUAUGUUGUGUGGGAACUUUGUUGUCAUUGUUUAGGUAGGCUAUUAAAAAACUUACAGGACGCCCUUUUUUUAUCCCGAGUGGUGAAGAACUAGUUGGGUCCUCCUUCCCUAUGGCAGCCUCUGGAUCUCCAGAGAAAUCAUAUGUGAUUCUUAUAAUUCUUUUUGUUAAACCAGGCAUGUCAGCAGAUGCAGUCCCUGUUUUUUUGAAUGACUGACGCUAGACGAACCCAUUUGCUUCGCUCUGUGGUUUUCUUUAUCCGAAAACUCAACCUGUGAGUUGCUUUGUUAAGAAUGAAAAUUGUAUUGCCUGUUUAGUAUGAACUCGGUGCAGAGUUUUGUUCGUGUGUUGCAAUGGGGUCGAAACAUGAAAGACUUUUCUGCUCGGAGGGUGUGCCAUAAGUCUUUACCUUUACCCUGAUAAUGAAGGAAAAUUUAGAGGAAAGGGAAAGCUUUUUAACCUUAAAUUGUUUGUAUUGUAAAUGUUUUAAAUAUUUUAUUUCGGUGGUAUUUUUUAAGUUUGUAGGGGUGCCAAUGCCAUCUCUUGUUGUAAAUGUUUAUUGUACUCUUAAACGUAGAACAUUAUUGGUUCUGUGGGAGUACCUUAUUUUCCCUUUGCACCGUACUUUUAUAGCAGAUAGCUGAGAUUUGUCCUCAGUGUCAAAUUAGAUAUUCUUUUUAUGUUGAUGUUGGGAAAUGGCAGAAAAAGUCCUAUCCGGAGAUCGUAAAUGAGUAAAGCAGUACAGAUACUGUUGCAUUUUUAUUGAUGAUUUGAUUGUUAAAAGUCUUUUGAUGAAGAAAGAUUAUUUUGGAGAAAUAAAUUUCAAAGCUAAGUCACUUUCCUGACCCUGUUGGUUUCUUUAUAAGGUCACAAUUGUUUUCUAUGACAUUUAAAGCAAGUAGAAGAAUCAAAUGUAUGACCAUGAUCUUUGUUUUUGUGUGAGAUUUUUUCACCAUCAACCCUUUCGAUACGGAGUAUUUUUGCAUUUCAAGUUACAUCGAGAUGUGGAAAAUUGUGCAAUUUCAUGCCAUACAAGGUAAGUCAGUAUGGCAGUGAAGGGAUUAAUGGGUGUAAGCCAAAGAAUGGAGGAAAGAUAGAAAAGUUUCCAACUGCAUAUUUGGAAUGUUUGAAUUAGAACUUAAAAUGCUGUUUUGAAGUCUGGUCAACUUUUUUCAAGCCUUCCAGAGUUUUUAAAAAAGAUGUUAAUGUUCGUAAUAUUCCCAUGCUUUUUUUUUUCAGAAAUGGCAUAGGAAGUUGUGGUGCUUGGGGAAAAAGGAAUAUUUCUAAGGAAUUUCUUUCUGUGGAUUUUGAGGAAAAUUUCUACUUUGUUGACUCCCACAGCUACCAUAAUAACAGUCAGUGUAAAUAUUUGUUGAUGAUUCUUGUUUUCAUUGUGAUGUUAUGUGCAGCCUCUAAUUUUGUCCACUGUCUACUUCUAGAUUCUUUCAGAGUUAUUCUUUUUGUAUGAGGUUGGCAAACUUAAAAAAUACGGGUCCCAUUUUGGUCUUUGUUUCACUUGCAAACUUAAAAAAUGUGAUAUUUGAUCUCGAGUGUGGUUACUUUUUAAAUUUUGAAACUUGUGUGUAUUAUUGUUGUUGCUAUCCUUCUGUCAUUUCUGUCUAUCCUCUUGCUUUUUCAAAAUGACCUUGUUUGCAUCAAUGUGCCCCUGCUUCUCAUCAAUCAAACAAGUAAAUGUUCUAUUCUAUGGGGUGCUCAGUUUUACUAAAGCUGCUUGAGGUUCUUGUAAUUUUUUCCCCCAAGCUCCUUUGGUUAAGGUGUAGCAAGAUGCAUGCCAAGUUUUCAGUUUUCUUUUGGUCUGGGUCAAGACUUAUGGCACAUGUUUCAUGUAUAUUGUUGUGUUUUUGUGUCUGAAUUACGUUAAUGAGUGAUCAAAUAAUUUUUCACCAUGUGUUACAUGUUGUGUUUUAAAUGUGUAUUUGUUAAAUUAAUUAGCAAGUUUUUGUUUUACAUGUCACAGCUGAACAGAGAGUAAGGGCAGACUUUACAGGGGUUAGCAGGUUAUCUGAAUUCAAUUAAUUUACAAGUGAAUGGGAGUACACCAUGUGUUACAUGGAAAUGUCACUAUUGAAAAGAUUACAAGGGCAAACUAAUAUAUGGGGUUGGCAAGUGUUUUAUUAUAGAGUGGAGGGUCUUACAAUAUAUGUCCUCUUUGUGCUGGUUUGCAUUGUGUUUCCCUUGAAGUAUAGGGCAGUAUAUCCCAAUGUUGUAUUGAUGAUCUCUGUAAAUGUGUAUUUUUUUUUACAAUGACUAGUAGUAGAACUGCAGUUUUACACUGGAUGAAGUUAAUAACUUUCUAAGAGUAUCAAAAUUGUGUCAAUUAUUUGACUGUUCAGCUGACACAAAGGUAAACAAGAUGAUUUAUUUAAAUGGUUUCUGUAGUCCUUGAGCUUUGGUAUAAUGCAGUGAGUUUAAAAGUCGGCCACCUCUUUCCUUCUAUUUUUUGUUUUCCUUCUACUUCUUUUUCUUUCUUUCAAUCAUUAGGGUGAAAUGUCGCCUUGGAAAAAAAAUCUUGUUUCUUAAAAAUAGUUUUUUUUCCCGGCUUAUCACAUCCUAGUUAGAGAGGGCUUUAUCACUGUUAUCACUAUUAUGCUCAGAAGAAUGGGGGAAGGAAUGCAGAGUUCUCUUCGCUUUGUUAUUUUUCUUUUUAAGACAGUUGAAACUUUUCCGGUGAUAGUGUUAAAAGUACUGCAAGCUCUUGUGUUUUGUUUUGUUUGUAAAAUGUGUUGUUCUCCCCACAGUUAAAGUGGCAGAUCUAGAAAACCAACUGUUGCAAAUUGUGAUUGGAGUUAGACUUAAAAUGUUAUAGAUGAUUGUUAAAAUCAUAUGCUUCUGUGAUUAGGUACUUACACCCACUCUGUUCUGCAGAGCUUAAAAGAUAUUUUCAGUGAAUUAGGCUUAAACAGUACCAGCACUUGCUUUUUGGUCCUAUAGGAUGAGAUGAGUUUUGACUAUUUUGCCGAUCUGAUUUAUUUACACUAUGCACUCCCUAGGAUGUACAUUUGAAAAAGGAUAAUGACAUCUUCUGUUUCGGAUUCCACUUCUCCUUAUUUGUCAAGUAGAUUUAUUGCUCUCGUAUUUGAACAUUUUUUUGGUUCAAACUGCUGUGAAGCUGUUUCACUGAAUGUUCAUAUAUGUUGGACUAUUGGACAUUUCUAAGAGCGCCGAAUUAGGAAGAGCUCUUUUUGUUUAUUUCUGUUGAAAGAAGUCCCCUUUUUUUUUGCUUAUCUUGGUCACAAUAGCUUUCAGUGUUUGAUUUCCUUUGAAGCGUCUUUCUGAUUGCUAACCAAAAAUAAAACAACUUAAGUGGAAAUGUUUGGAGACUGGAAGUUUGCUGCUGCCUGAAGGAGACCAGGCAGGCCCUCUCAUUCCUAAGGGCAUGCGUAGACAAAUGAUCUGACAAUACUUUCUAUUUGUUUGUUUACCUGUGCAUCUUCAGAAAACAACACUGAGAAUAACUGAUGUACUGUUUGUUUGUUUGUUUGUUGUUUUUUUUUUGGGGGGGGGGGUUGGUUGCAGAAACUGGGUAAUUGUGAAGGAAGAACAAAGAAGUCGCUCAUAUCAGAGCAGCGUGAAUGGGUGCAUUGACCCACGACCUUCAGUUGCACACCUAGAGUGCCUCUCAGUGCACCGUUUGCAUGUAGAUUUAUAAAAAGAUUAUAUAUAUAUAUAAAUAUGUAUACUUAUAUAUGUAUAUGUGUAAGUGUGUGUAUAUAUUUGUGAUUUGUUGUUGAUUGUAUAAUGCAAGUUCUCUUGUGUCAUACUUCCUACCGCAAAAUUAAUGUUGAUAUAAUUGUUGUUAUUUUCCUGUAAUAUGAGAUUAGUUUGAAUACCACAUCAAUGACCUCAACCAUGUGACCAUUGAGGUAAAGGUGCUGAGAAAAAUUGUAAUAAUGUGCUUUACCAACUCCCAACUUGUGAUAUGCUCCAUUUCCAUACAUACAUUAAAGUCUUACUGCAGAAGGAGUAUGAAUUUCACAUGAGAUCAGACACAGUAACACCGUGGAAAUACACUGGUAUACAUUUGUUUUAUGGCUCCCAUUGUUUUGAAUCUCUCCCUACAAGAAAUGAUCCACCCAGGAUUGAUUGUUUGGUUUUGUUGAUGUAAGAUGGAUGGGGCACAUUUUGAUUGAAAAGGAAUGGGAACGUUACGGAAUGCAACAAUGUACCUGAAGUUAUAAGAACUAUUUUUGUAAACCUGUACCUCUCUUUCCUGUGGUAUGCAAAGCUAAAUGUGAUUGGAAUGUGAGGAAUGUUGUAAUCCAUGUGGCAGCAUUCAGUACAGUGGAAGCACUCCUGGGUCUCUCUUUGUACUCUGUGUAUGUACUCUACCAUGGCCGUCUUGUACUCUUUUACCUAGCGAUAACUGUGAAGGAGAAUUACUCGCAGAGACUGGUGAAGAAGAUCAAGUCUUUCUUUCUUUGUCCCACAUGCGCAAGUCUAGAUUUGUGGACAUCAACUUGGGUCAGUAGCUUGGAACUGUGUGGGCCUUAACCCAGCUGUGUGUGUGCAAAUGUAUGCCAGACAUUUAUUUGUCUGUUUAUUUGUUUGGAUACACACAAUUGCAUGCCCUUACGCAUGCAUGAGCUCAUUCACAUCUAUGCACAUACACUAGCCGACUCAUGUCCCCACUCCACAUACACACAAACAUCCUCAGUCCCGUUCAAGCACUCUAUGGUUUUAUAGCCUAUAACUAGAACAGGGAGCUCCCCCCCCCCCUCCUUUGAUUUAAGAUUAGGCAGUUCUUGUCUUUAAAAAAAAUUUGCAGUGAGGAUUUUUUAGUUUAUAUAGUUCUAUUGACUGUCUCUAUCAUAUUGAAGAGGUGUAGUGUUUUAGUGUUUCAGCCUGGUUUCAGUUUGGUUUCAAAAUAAGUUCUUUACUGUUCACAGUCCAAACAGUUCCAAGAUAGGUCAGAGCUCCAGGUGGUUGCAAAAAUCCUGACCGUCUGAACUGGGAAAGUUGUAAUGUUUGAAUGAAUUUUAUUUGAUGUUAUCCCUGAGUAAGCUACUUCCUUAUUUCAAAUUUAUUUAUGUGAACCAAUUUUUUUGGGGGGCUACUGUUUUGUAGAUUGAUUGUUAUCUCAGAAAACCAUUUGAAUAUGAUCUUGUGAACGGAUUUAUUACUGCAGGCCAAGUCAUUUCUGCCAUUGCAUAGUGGAAGGAUGAAAAGCCAUUGCAUGUUCUUUUUUAUGACUAUGAAAAGUUGAGUCUUGGGGUAUUUUCCCCUGUCAUGCUUUGAGGGGUUGAUUGAACAAAUUAAACUGCCAAGAAAUUGCUGACAAGAUAGUUUGGUACUUAAUUUAUUAGUGUGGCGGUUCAAGCAUAACAUGAGAAGCCUAGGCAAUGAUCUUGUUCUUAAAGUCUUUGGCCAGAUGCUAGUUUGAUCCUAAACCGUUUAUUGGAGGGAAGAUUGUGUCAUGUUACUUUGGCUAACAUAGCUUCUCGAAUUUGGCGCACAUUAUAUGGCCUGAGGUUGACCUUCUGGUAGCUUCAUCAAGAAAGUAGUUAAUGAAAAACAUCCUGAUUUGGUUUAGUGCCUUUCUGGGUGGUUUUUGUGGGCCCCCCUCCCCCAUUAUCAUAAAAAUUUCUUGUAAAAGAAAAGGAUGCAUGUUGGGAUGAAUGUUUCUUGGGCUUGGGGAAAUGAGUAGAGUUCUGUUUGCUUAGGAGCAUACCUAAUACUGCUAUUAUGGAGUUGUGGAGGGUAGGGGGAUAAUUUGAAGGAACUUCCAGAAGUCGAAAAUGAAGGAACAAUUUGCUCUAGAUGCUCUAAAGGAUGGUAGAGAAUAAAAGGAGCAUUUCUUAUCAUUUUCAAUUUUAUCAGAGAAUAUAAACUGAUGAACUUGUUAUCAACCCAUGAACAUGACCAUGUAAAUUUUCUCACUGGAGAUUGAUAAAGGUUCAUUCAUUCAAAUUUUUUUGGGAAUAACUGUAAACCAAUUGGAUUAUUUUCCUGAAAAGUUGUGACUGGUCACAAAGUUCAGUUUCUCCAAAGGGUUUUUUAAACUUGGAAUGGCUGUGAAUGCUUGAAAUCGGAUAAAAGACUGAAGAGUACAAUGUACCCUUAAAUAGCAAAGUAGGAAACAUGAUUCUGAAAAAGUUGUAUUUGUUAGAGAAAUGCUAUGAACUGAUUUGUAAGACAAGAUUUUCGUAAUAAUUUUGAUAAUAAUAGUAUUCUAAAGUAACUUCUGUUUUAGAGCCAAACUAUGGCCCUAACACUUUUUAAAAUGGGUUGUUCACUGGUUCAACACAAGGCAGGACACAGAAAUCUCAUUGUAGCACAGAGAGAAAGAAAGAGAGAGAGAGAGAGAGAGACAUCAUCAUUGUUUUCAAAUUUUUGGUGAGUGAUUGAGGGGGUGAAAAAGUCACCGUUCACAAUUUCCAUCUUAAAAGCUCAAAUGACAUGCUUCAUAUCCUUGGGCACAACUCGUUGCUGCGAGCAUUGGCUGUGUGUGUGGGGGUGUCCAUGUGACCUUACCAUGACUGGUGCAUGAUAAGAAACUAUGGAAAUACUUGUGCUGAGGCUUGUCAGCAUUGUUAUGUGCCAGAUCAACUUAAUAAAAGACUAAGGGCAAACUUAAUUUCAUGGAGAACAACAUCUAUAGAGGAAGAUUCAGUGCUGGUUCAGCGUCUAAGCUGCGGUGCAUUAGAGUGCCGCCACUUGAUGUGCUUGUGUUGUUUCUGUGCUAUUUACAUUUUGUUAUGUUUGUUUGUUAUACACAUGUGUACUGUUUUACAAAGAACAACAACUGGCUGUGGUGACCUUUUUUUUUUUUUUGUUGCUAAUAUCUUUACAUAAAAUCAACAUGAUUGGUUCCCCCAAGUAUUAUCUUCUUUACAUGAGUGAAAUCAUUUCCAUUGGCUCCAUCGUGGUUGUGUGUGUACACGAUCUAUUUGUAUGAAUUUAGAUCUAAUGGUUGCCUGGAUUAAAUUUUGAUAUUUCUAUGAAUUCCUACUGAGAGUAAAGUUGUCUGCAGGUCAUUUCUGUACAUCAGCGUGCUACAUGUAGAUAUUAUUGGCCUGAUAAAAUUGCAGACUGGAGAAAGAAAAUGCAGAAAAAGUGAGUUCUUGGGGUUUGGCUUUGGGCCGCGUGUACAGAGUAGAAGAAAAAUGAAUACGAAAUAGUUUCAGCAUUGAAAUGCGUGCAAUAUCUAGUUUGAAUGUGAAAGUUGGAAGACACUGCAUAUGAGUGAGAUGUAAAAACGUUUUUUUCUAAAAUGAUGCGACUUAUCGCAGUCUUUGAAUCUGCUAACCAGUUGCCGCCAGUUACUAGAAUUACACAGCUGGAUAGCAUUUAAAGUUGCUGUUGCUUUGAUUCCAGAGUGAAACUUGUUUAAGGAGUUAGGAGAGAAUAAAAACUGAAACCUGUUACUGUUAGUAGUCUUGAAGAGAUGUACAUUUUUGUUUUGUUACAGUUAUGUCAAAUUCUUUACAUUUUCAUUCUAUGUCCUUAGGAAACAAAACUAGCCUUUUGUCCAAUUUUCAAGCAAUUAAAAUGACUGCAUACAUGUAUAC